GGGGCCCCGGCGCCGCCGGUUAAAGUGCCGCGGGACAGGGGCCGGGCUGCGGCCACCCGCUCCUCCCGCUCUGGCCUCGACUGUCGGGCCCUCGGCCGAGUCGCCCCGGAUGAGGAAACUAAGGCCCGUGGAUGCUAACCACGAGUGAGCAGAGUGGAGACUGCAACCUAGGGGAUCUUGACUACCAGCCACUUUCAAUUCUCUUCAAUGUAGUAAAACUUGAACAUGGAACACCAAUGCAUGAAACUGACACAGGUGACAUUGCAUAUUCAUACAAUCACAAAGAGUGCGUAGUGCCAGCCCUGGUCACAGAGUGCACCGUAUCCUGUCACUUCUGCGUGUGAGGGAGAAGUGAGUCAUCUCAUUCCCCUCCGUGGAUCCAAGGACUUGGGCUAGAUAGAAGCAUGUGGUGUCUCCUGCGAGGCCUGGGCCGGCCUGGAGCCCUGGCACGGGGAGCCCUGGGACAGCAGCAACCCCUGGGUGCCCGGGCCCUGGCCAGGGCGGGCUCCGAGAGCCGGGACGAGUACAGCUACGUGGUGGUGGGCGCGGGCUCGGCGGGCUGCGUGCUGGCCGGGAGGCUCACAGAGGACCCUGCCGAGCGCGUGCUGCUGCUGGAGGCGGGGCCCAAGGAUGUCCGCGCGGGGAGCAAGCGGCUCUUGUGGAGGAUCCACAUGCCCGCGGCCCUGGUGGCCAACCUGUGUGACAACAGGUACAACUGGUGCUACCACACAGAGGCGCAGCAGGGCCUGGACGGCCGCGUGCUGUACUGGCCACGCGGCCGCGUCUGGGGCGGCUCCUCAUCCCUCAACGCCAUGGUCUACGUUCGUGGGCACGCCGAGGACUACGAGCGCUGGCAGCGCCAGGGCGCCGGUGGCUGGGACUACGCGCACUGCCUGCCCUACUUCCGCAAGGCGCAGGGCCACGAGCUGGGCGCCAGCCGGUACCGGGGCGCUGAUGGCCCGCUGCGGGUGUCCCGGGGCAAGACCAACCACCCAUUGCACUGCGCAUUCCUGGAGGCCGCACAGCAGGCCGGCUACCCGCUCACCGAGGACAUGAAUGGCUUCCAGCAGGAGGGCUUCGGCUGGAUGGACAUGACCAUCCAUGAAGGCAAACGGUGGAGUGCAGCCUGUGCCUACCUGCACCCAGCACUGAGCCGCACCAACCUCAAGGCCGAGGCCCAGACACUUGUGAGCAGGGUGCUGUUUGAGGGCACCCGUGCAGUGGGUGUGGAAUAUGUCAAGAAUGGCCAGAGCCACAGGGCUUACGCCAGCAAGGAGGUGAUUCUGAGUGGAGGUGCCAUCAACUCUCCACAGCUGCUCAUGCUCUCUGGCAUCGGGAAUGCUGAUGACCUCAAGAAACUGGGCAUCCCUGUGGUGUGCCACCUACCUGGGGUUGGCCAGAACCUGCAAGACCACCUGGAGAUCUACAUUCAGCAGGCAUGCACCCACCCUAUCACCCUCCAUUCAGCACAGAAGCCCCUGCAGAAGGUCUGCAUUGGUCUGGAGUGGCUCUGGAAAUUCACAGGGAAGGGAGCCACAGCCCAUCUGGAAACAGGUGGGUUCAUCCGCAGCCAGCCUGGGGUCCCCCACCCGGACAUCCAGUUCCAUUUCCUGCCAUCCCAAGUGAUUGACCACGGGCGGGUCCCCACUCAGCAGGAGGCUUACCAGGUACAUGUGGGGCCCGUGCGGGGCACAAGUGUGGGCUGGCUCAAACUGAGAAGUGCCAAUCCCCAGGACCACCCUGUGAUCCAGCCCAACUACUUGUCAACAGAAACUGAUAUUGAGGAUUUCCGUCUGUGUGUGAAGCUCACCAGAGAAAUUUUUGCACAGGAAGCCCUGGCUCCGUUCCGAGGGAAAGAGCUCCAGCCAGGAAGCCACGUUCAGUCAGAUAAAGAGAUAGAUGCCUUUGUGCGGGCAAAAGCCGACAGCGCCUACCACCCCUCGUGCACCUGUAAGAUGGGCCAGCCCUCCGAUCCCACUGCCGUGGUGGAUCCGCAGACAAGGGUCCUCGGGGUGGAAAACCUCAGGGUUGUCGAUGCCUCCAUCAUGCCUAGCGUGGUCAGCGGCAACCUGAAUGCCCCCACAAUCAUGAUCGCAGAGAAGGCAGCUGACAUUAUCAAGGGGCGGCCUGUACUCUGGGACAAAGAUGUCCCUGUCUACAAGCCCAGGACGCUGGCCACCCAGCGCUAAGACAGUUGCUGCUGGAGGAUGACCAGGGAAGCCCCCUGAUAAGCCAAGAGGGCCAGCACAGCCCUUGCUCCCAGGUGCCUUCCUGAAACUGUCUAGCACACUGGGACCCAGGUGGUACCCUACUCAGUGGCUGAGAAUUGGAUAAAUUCUUGGGAAAUGAGACAAGUACUGGGCAGUGAAUCGAGCUCCUUUUCCCCAGCCUUUCCCUGUGGGCCAUUUGGGGAAGGCCAGCAUUCAGGCUCAGAUGCUUCUCCCUGCCUCCUGGAGGGACAGAAGGGGAGGAUGGUUAACUCCUGCCGCAUCCUUUGUCUCGUGUUCACAUGGCAUUCUCUAACCCAGGGCAGUGGUUCCUUCCCAGGCCAUGCACAGAGGCUGGGUGCCUGCCAGACCCGCGGAGGGUUCGCCAAGGAAGGGGCGUCCUCCUCCUCGAGUUGCAAGCUUUAGCUGAGGCAGUGAGUCACACAGUAGUUAGUUCAGCCUCAGCUGGCACAUAAGUCUCCAGUGUCCCUGUUCAGAGGGGAAAGUUGCCUGCUGGUAGAAAAACUGGCUUUUCCAUUCUCGCUUCCUAAUUUCACUCUCAGAGUAAGGCAGGUAACGGGGGCUUGGCUGGGUCACUCUGAGAGGGGUGUGGCUCUGGUUAUUAUUAAACUGGGGCCAGGUGCAGUGGCUCACACCUGUAAUCCCAGCACUUUGGGAAGAUCACUUGAGCUCAGGAGUUCAAGACCAGCCUGGGCAACAUAGUGAGUCCUUGUCUCUGGAAAACAGUUAGCUCGGCAUGGUGGUGUAUACCUGUAGUCCCAGCUACUCAGGAGGCUGAGGCGGGAGGAUGGCUUGAGUCCAGGAGGUCGAGGCUCCUGUGAACCCUGAUUGCACCACUGCACUCCAGCCUGGGUGACAGGGUGAGACCCUGUCUCCAAAAAAAAAAAAAAAAAAAAAACCUGAGUUUUUUUGGAUCUUAUUCAAUGGGAGAGGAGUCUGGAGGGAAUACCACUUGACUUCACUACCAAAGGUUUUAUGACUUAGCAAUUUAAGAGGUUUUCCUUUUACCAAGAAAUGCGGAAACCCAGAGCAAACCCCACAUACCAGAUCACUGUUUCCUACUGAAGCAGCUAGCCCGAGAAAGGACUCUCUCAUAAUGGGCUUGGGAAAUGACUUGGCAGCCUGAACCAUCCCAGCAGAGGACAAGGAUGGUUAAUUCUUAUUCUCUAGACGUCCACAGGAACAGACUAGGAUGGAAAACGCAGUUAAGCACAGCCAUGCACCCUGUUUGUGUAGAAAUGCCCCUGUGUGAAAGAAAAAUAAAUUCAAGGUUGGAGUUUUGGAGGAAAAAAAAUACAAGUAGCAUUUACAACAGCUCUUUGCUCUUUAAAUUUCUUACCAUUCAAUAAAAUGAUCCAGUCACUUACAUUUGAACUGA